UGCUUUUGCGAGGGCUAGGGUUUGUGGGCAGGGAGGAUGAUCGUGGAGCGGCAGGAGAUGCCGCUGAGCGAGGACGACGAUGAGGAUGAGGAGAAUGAUAUCUUCCGGCUCAUGCCAGCGUCGCUGGGGUUCCUCCGCGAGCAGGAUCUUGCUACAUUUUGCGACUGGGAGGACAUGGGGGAGUCCGGUCCUUCUCAAUCCAAGAGUAACGAAGUCGAAGAUGAAGAUCAGAGCCUGGUGUGUCGUUUGUCGCGGGUUCGAUCCAAGAAAAAUGCCACCAACAAGUCGCGAGUGAUGCCAUCGAUUCCCUCUUGUUCAAAAGGUGGAUUGAUGGACGUCGCCGAGUUUUGGGACCGUGAGGAGGGCAGAGAAGAAAAUCCGAGCUUCAUGUCCCGGUUGUCGCGGGUUCGAUCAAAGAACAGUGCGAGGCGAAUCAAACACACACUGGACCUUUCUUUUAUGAAACCCCAAGUACCGGAAACUGUGAGCUUAAGUGCUCCAACUUGCGAGACAGUAGAUUUUGCUCCAACAGAAGAGUUUUCUCCAACAGAAGAUUGUACUCCAAGUUGCGAGACAGAAGACUGUGCUCCAACUUGCGAGACAGAAGCUUGUGCUCCAACUUGCGAGACAGAAGAUUGUAGUAUGGCUAUGAAAAUGGCAACAACAGAAACUGCAAAUGAGCUCCUAGAGGAACUUCGUCUCAAAGAUUUUGAUUGCGAGACAGAAGAUUGUAGUAUGGCUAUGAAAAUGGCAACAACAGAAACUGCAAAUGAGCUCCUAGAGGAACUUCGUCUCAAAGAUUUUGAUUGCGAGACAGAAGAUUGUAGUAUGGCUAUGAAAAUGGCAACAAGAGAAACUGCAAAUGAGCUCCUAGAGGAACUUCGUCUCAAAGAUUUUGAUUGCGAGACAGAAGAUUGUAGUAUGGCUAUGAAAAUGGCAACAACAGAAAGUCCAAAUGAGCUCCUAGAGGAACUUCGUCUCAAAGAUUUUGAUUGCGAGACAGAAGAUUGUGCUCCAACUUGUGAGACAAGGAGAGUUAAACGUAAGCGCGAAGUUAAGGCUGAGGCCGAACAAAGCCCGUGGCUCAAAGAAUCUGGGAUGGAAUGGAAAAAUGGUAGGAGGUGCAGCACAAGGUACCGGUCCAGACCGUUGGAGUACUGGAGAGGCGAGAAGCUCCUUUAUGGACGCGUACACAAAACAAUGCCAACCUUGAUUGGCAUCAAGCACUCCUCACCGAUGCCACCACACCCCAAGAGAGGCGAGAAGCCCAAAGAGUUCAAGGUGGAGUCGUUUGUUCCGGACCAGUUCAAACAUCUAGUGAAACUGGCUGCGAUCUGAAAUUUUGUUUUGGUUUUCAGUAUCCUUCGCUCGUAUCUCGUCCGCAGCCGGCACAAGAUCUUGAGAAGCUGUCACCGCAAGCCUCCGGCUUACCAUCGCCAAGAAAAAGGAAUGAUUUUUGGCUUCCUGGUGCCAAACAACAAAGCUCUUGGGCUCUCCUGUGAAAAACUCGUUGCUCAGUCAUAGGUGGACUUUCCAUAAGUUUUUAGAUCAUCCAAAACUCUUUAGGAGUUUGAUCUGGCUUUGCCACGUGGCAUAGUUGGCAUUCAUUGAAACAGCAAAAUGCUAGGCAUUGCAUGAUGACAUACAAACAUGAUUUAUCAUUUUGUGAGUGUUUGGAAUUUAAAAAUACAGAAUAUAGGAAUGACAUUUAUAUA